GUCCUCCUUCUCACGGUGUCUGUCCCAGAUCACUUCCUGUUCCCUUAUAUGGUCACCUUCCUCCUUGUUACGUGAUUGAUUGUUCACCCCACCUGUCUCCUGUUUCCCAAUCAUCCUUCUGUGUAUAAAUACCCAGUCUGUCUUAGUCUAUGUUACGGAGUCCUUGUCUGAUGUCAUUGUGUUUCAGGUCCAUCAGUCUUGCUUUGUCUUACCCUAUGUGUCUCAUUCUCUCGUUCCACCAGACUUCCUCUACCUUUCCGUUCUUCCGAGUUCCCCGUUUCAUCCAGUUCCCUUUUUGUUUGAUUUGUCUCUCAUGACUGUUUAUUUUGUAUUUACCCCUCUGUUUAAAUAAAACCCUUACCUGCAUUUGGAUCUACCCUCUCUUUGUGUUUUUCCCCAAUACCUAUCGUGACAGAAGGACUCCGUCAUGCCUAGAUCCAGCGGUGUGGGAUUUCGAAUCGGUUCCCCAGCCACCAUGGAGGAACGGAGGGGGAGAUACCAGAACUUAAUCACCCUUCAUCAAGAGGGAAGUGAGGUGGGUGGCCUGGCGCAAUUGUUUUGGACUAUGGCAGUCGGGCUAGGUUACAAUGAUGCAGCACUAAAGGAUUUAUUUAAUAAUUGCCUGGAUGAUCCUUUACCUUCAUGGGAGAUGAAGGGGUUAGAGAUACUGGACUUUUGGGGGUUUACCAAUUACCUGCACCAUCGUGCCCAGUGGAAUGCAACAACCACACCAGAGUGUCCAGACAAGGCUGCCAGCUCAGCCCCACAGCACAAGAUGGGCGCCAGCCCAACCCCACAGCACAGGAUGGCCGCCAACCCAGCCCCACAACCCAAGAUGGCCACCAGCCCAGCCCCACAGCCCAAGAUGGCCGCCAACCUAGCGUCACAGCCCAAGAUGGCCGCCAGCCCUGCACCACAGCACAAGAUGGUCGACUCAACGCCACCGACUCCCCAUCGUAGAGGGCGGAGGAGGAGACAGGCAGCUGCUGUUCCCGAGGCGGUGCCCGAUGCGGUUUCCGAGGCGGGGCCCGAUGCAGUUCCCGAGGCGGUGCCCGAGGCGGUGCCCGAUGCUGUUUCCGAGGCGGUGCCCGAUGCUGUUUCCGAGGCGGGGCCCGAUGCAGUUCCCGAGGCGGUGCCCGAGGCGGUGCCCGAUGCUGUUCCCGAGGCGGUGCCCGAUGCAGUUCCCGAGGCGGUGCCCGAUGCAGUUCCCGAGGCGGUGCCCGAGGCGGAGCCCGAUGCUGUUCCCGAGGCGGAGCCCGAUGCUGUUCCCGAGGCGGAGCCCGAUGCAGUUCCCGAGGCGGUGCCCGAUGCAGUUCCCGAGGCGGUGCCCGAUGCUGUUUCCGAGGCGGUGCCCGAUGCAGUUUCCGAGGCGGUGCUCUAUGCAGUUCCCGAGGCGGAGCCCGAUGCAGUUCCCGAGGCGGUGCUCGAUGCAGUUCCCGAGGCGGUGCUCGAUGCAGUUCCCGAGGCGGUGCCCGAUGCAGUUUCCGAGGCGGUGCCCGAUGCAGUUCCCGAGGCGGUGCCCGAUGCUGUUCCCGAGGCGGAGCCGGAUGCUGUUCCCGAGGCGGAGCCCGAUGCAGUUCCCGAGGCGGUGCCCGAUGCUGUUCCCGAGGCCGAGGCCGAUGCAGUUCCCGAGGCGAAGCCCGAUGCAGUUCCCGAUGCUGUUUCCGAGGCGGUGCCCGAUGCAGUUCCCGAGGCGGUGCCCGAUGCUGUUUCCGAGGCGGUGCCCGAUGCAGUUCCCGAGGCGGAGCCCGAUGCAGUUCCCGAGGCGGAGCCCGAUGCAGUUCCCGAGGCGGUGCCCGAUGCUGUUUCCGAGGCGGUGCCCGAUGCAGUUCCCGAGGCGGAGCCCGAUGCAGUUCCCGAGGCGGAGCCCGAUGCAGUUCCCGAGGCGGAGCCCGAUGCAGUUCCCGAGGCGGAGCCCGAUGCAGUUCCCGAGGCGGUGCCCGAUGCAGUUCCCGAGGCGGUGCCCGAUGCUGUUUCCGAGGCGGUGCCCGAUGCAGUUCCCGAGGCGGUGCCCGAUGCAGUUCCCGAGGCGAAGCCCGAUGCGGUUCCCGAUGCAGUUCCCGAGGCGGUGCCCGAUGCUGUUUCCGAGGCGGAGCCCGAUGCAGUUCCCGAGGCGGUGCUCGAUGCAGUUCCCGAGGCGGUGCCCGAUGCAGUUCCCGAGGCGGUGCCCGAUGCAGUUCCCGAGGCGGAGCCCGAUGCAGUUCCCGAGGCGGAGCCCGAUGCUGUUCCCGAGGCGGUGCCCGAUGCUGUUCCCGAGGCGGUGCCCGAUGCUGUUCCCGAGGCGGUGCCCGAGGUUGUUCCCGAGGCGGUGCCCGAUGCAGUUCCCGAGGCGGUGCUCGAUGCAGUUCCCGAGGCGGUGCUCGAUGCAGUUCCCGAGACGGUGCCCGAUGCAGUUCCCGAGGCGGUGCCCGAUGCAGUUCCCGAGGCGGAGCCGGAUGCAGUUCCCGAGGCGGAGCCGGAUGCAGUUCCCGAGGCGGAGCCCGAUGCAGUUCCCGAGGCGGAGCCCGAUGCAGUUCCCGAGGCGGUGCCCGAUGCUGUUUCCGAGGCGGUGCCCGAUGCAGUUCCCGAGGCGGUGCCCGAUGCAGUUCCCGAGGCGAAGCCCGAUGCAGUUCCCGAUGCAGUUCCCGAGGCGGAGCCCGAUGCAGUUCCCGAGGCGGAGCCCGAUGCAGUUCCCGAGGCGGAGCCCGAUGCAGUUCCCGAGGCGGUGCUCGAUGCAGUUCCCGAGGCGGUGCCCGAUGCAGUUCCCGAGGCGGAGCCCGAUGCUGUUCCCGAGGCGGAGCCCGAUGCUGUUCCCGAGGCGGUGCCCGAUGCUGUUCCCGAGGCCGAGGUCGUUCCCGAGGCGGUGCCCGAUGCAGUUCCCGAGGCGGAGCCCGAUGCAGUUCCCGAGGCGGAGCCCGAUGCUGUUCCCGAGGCGGAGCCCGAUGCUGUUCCCGAGGCGGUGCCCGAGGUUGUUCCCGAGGCGGUGCCCGAUGUUGUUCCCGAGGCGGUGUCCGUUACAGUUCCCGAGGCGGUGACCACAAGGCCGUGGUGGUCUUCGGCUCCGCCCUGGGAGACUCUGGCGGUGACCACGAGGACGUGGUGGUCGUCCGCUCCACCCUGGGGGACUCUGGUGGUGACCACGAGGACGUGGUGGUCUUCUGCUCCGCCCUGGUGGACUCCGGCCUCGACCACAGAGACGUGGUGGUCUUCCGCUCCGCCCUGGAGGGCUUUGACUUUGACCACAAGGCCAUGGUGGUCUUCCGCUCCGCCCUGGAGGGCUCUGGCCUUGACCACACGGCUGUGGUGGUCAUCUGCUCCGUCCUAGUGGACGCCUCAACAUGUCCUUCAUGGACUUAUGUUUUGUGUUUUUUGAGUUCUGUUUCUGUCUGUUCUCUUUAGUUUAGUCUGGCCCUCCGUCCCUCCCCCUGUACCUCCUCCGGUCCUCCUCCCUCCUGGUCUCCCGGUUUUAUGUAUCAUUUCUGGUGUUUGUUCCCCUUGUGUUCCUUUUCUGGCCCUCCGUCCCUCCCCCUGAGCCUCCACCUGUCCGCCUCCCUCCUGGUCUCUGUGUCAUGUUUUGUCUUUAAGCGUCUGGUAGCCGCUCCGUAGAGGGGGGGUACUGUCACAGUGUCUGGGUUGUCGUUCCCCGGGGUUCCACUAGAUGUCCUCCUUCUCACGGUGUCUGUCCCAGAUCACUUCCUGUUCCCUUAUAUGGUCACCUUCCUCCUUGUUACGUGAUUGAUUGUUCACCCCACCUGUCUCCUGUUUCCCAAUCAUCCUUCUGUGUAUAAAUACCCAGUCUGUCUUAGUCUAUGUUACGGAGUCCUUGUCUGAUGUCAUUGUGUUUCAGGUCCAUCAGUCUUGCUUUGUCUUACCCUAUGUGUCUCAUUCUCUCGUUCCACCAGACUUCCUCUACCUUUCCGUUCUUCCGAGUUCCCCGUUUCAUCCAGUUCCCUUUUUGUUUGAUUUGUC